UAUGAGUAUGAUGUAUAACCCCACAACCUCCUCUUAAACCCCACGCCCCUGAAUUCUUAAACCCUUCCUUUCAUCUCUCUCAUCUUCCGGCCACUUUCUAACCCUAACCCUCAAUUUACCAGAAACAACUAUGAUAGAUAAAAUCUGCAAAUAACAAAAAAAAAAAAACUGCAUUCUAUAAGAACAAAACUAUAACCCUAACCUUCGAGAUUUCAAUUUUCAAUUCUCUCUCCUAAUUUCGGGAAUAAAUUCAACUUUCAUAUAAGUAUUAUUAUUAAUGCUACCAAUCGAAGAUUUCUCUUCUUAAUUUCUUCAUCUGUAAGACUGUAACUCACUGACGCCAUCAUCGUCAGCCGCAAAGCUUACCGAAGGUUUGAGUAUUAAGUGUAUGGCAAUGGGAAGCAAGAAAAGAGGACCUAGUUCUAUAGAGGAAGAAGGAUUAGUUGUCGAAGGGGGGAAUUUCAACGAGAAGAUUAAAUCAAACAAGAAUAGGAAGAAGGGGAAGAACAAUGAAGGAGAGAGAGAGGAUGGCAGUGAGGCUCCUUCAACUCCAACUGCUAGUGCAAGUAAGCCCAUGGAGAGGAAAAAGAAAAGGAAACUGUUAGAUAAAGUUAGACAUAGUGUCGCUUCAGAAAAGAAGGAAACAAAGCCACCGAUUCAAGAAACCUCUGUAUUGAAAGUUGAGGACCCUGGGACGACAAGUAGUAGCAGUGGUCAGCCUGUGUUUCAUAUAGGUGUUUUUGGUGACUUGGCCUCAGCUGAUGCUUCGAAGAGAGAAGCAGCGGCGGAGAGACUGGCACUGGAGUUGCAGGAAGUGCAGGAGGCGUUUGAACAGAGUGGAAGUAAGGAAGUUGUUGAAAAUGGGUCUCAACUGGAAGCCGCAAAGGAUGAUGGUCUCCAUGACUGUGCACCAUCAGUAAGAUAUGCUGUGAGAAGGCUUAUUCGCGGUGUUUCUUCAUCCAGAGAGUGUGCAAGACAAGGAUUUGCUUUAGGGUUGACUAUUUUAUUUAAUACAAAUUCUAAGAUUAGAGUCGAUUCAGUGCUAAAGCUGAUAGUUGAUUCAUUGGAGGUCACAUCGUCAAUGAAAGGCCAGGAGGCAAGGGAUUGUUUCUUGGGCCGUCUUUUUGCCUAUGGUGCCCUAGCAAGGUCAGGGAGACUCAAAGAAGAAUGGGCUUCUGAUAAAAAUUCACCUUGCAUCAAAGAAUUUACUAGUCUUCUUAUCUCCCUGGCAUCUAAGAAACGGUACCUGCAAGAGCCAGCUGUUGCAGUACUUCUGAACUUAACUGAAAAGUUGCCCAAGGAAGCUGUCUUGAAUUAUAUUCUUGAUUCUCCAGUACUUCACGAGUGGUUUGAAGGAGCCACUAGUGCGGGAAAUCCUGAUGCCCUGCUUCUAGCUCUGAAAAUUCAGCAAAAAAUUGGCACUGAUAGUAAUAUUUUCGGUAGCCUGUUGCCUCAUCCAUUCAGUCCAAAAAGGUUUUUCACUGCUGACCAUUUAACCUGCGUUGCUAAUUGCUUAAAGGAGUCCACGUUUUGCCAGCCAAGAAUUCAUGGUAUCUGGCAUCUCCUUGUCAACCUUCUCUUACCAGAUACAGUCUUGCAAGAUGCUAAUGCCUCAUCCAGUUUAAGUUCCACCAAAAAGAACAAAAGGAGUCGCAGAUCGAGCUCUUCUGAUGAAGAUAUUGCAGAGAGCCUUAGAUGUUUCUGUGAGGUGAUUCUUGAGGGAUCCCUUCUGACCUCGUCACAUGACCGGAAACACUUAGCAUUUGACGUUUUGCUUCUAAUGCUUCCAAGGUUACCUGCUUCUCAUAUCCCCAUUGUUCUCUCCCACAAGUUUGUUCAGUGCCUCAUGGAUAUAUUGUCCACUAAGGAUUCUUGGCUGUACAAAGUUGCGGAACAUUUCCUUAAAGAAUUAUUUGACUGGGUUGGCUGUGAUGACAUUAAACGAGUUUUUGUGGUUGUGGCUCUGCAGAAGCAUAGUGGUGGGAGGUUUGAUUGUAUUACUCGAACAAAAACUAUUAAAGAUCUAAUGGCAGGUUUUAAAACAGAGUCUGGUUUCAUGCUGUUCAUGCAACAACUGACUAGCAUGUUUAUUGAUGAAGAUCAUGUUACAGAUGAACCUUCAGAUCAGAGCCAAAAUACUGAUGACAAUUCUGAGAUAGGAUCAGUUGAGGAUAAGGAAUCUGCUGAUAGGUCUAGUAAUUCUGAUCUUCUGAAAAGUUGGAUUGUGGAGUCACUCCCAACUCCCCUGAAGUACUUGACACUGGAUCCUGAAGAGAAAGCUCGGGUGCAAAAGGAAGUGAUGAAAUUCUUAGCUGUGCAAGGCUUGUUUUCUGCAUCGCUUGGUACAGAAGUGACGUCUUUUGAACUACAUGAGAAGUUCAAGUGGCCAAAAACACCAAUCUCAAGUGCUCUGUGCAAGAUGUGUAUUGAUCAGCUUCAAUUACUACUUUCUAAUGCUCAAAAGGCUGAGGGACCUCAUGCGUCAACAAAUGGCCUUGAGACAAAUGAUCUUGGCUGUUUUUUCAUGCGUUUUCUAGGUACAUUGUGCACUAUUCCAUCUGUCUCCCUUGUUCGGCCCUUGAGCAAUGAGGAUGAGAAGGCAUUUAAAAAGCUGCAGGCUUUGGAAUCAAGGCUUUCAAGAGAGGAGCGAAAUUGUGGGCUGAGUGCAGAUGCAAACAAAUUACAUGCACUGAGGUACUUGCUCAUUCAAUUGCUGCUUCAGCUUCUUCUGCGGCCUGGGGAAUUUACAGAAGCUGCUUCUGAACUUAUAAUAUGUUGUCGGAAAGCGUUUUCUGUCCAUGAUCCUCCCGAAUCUUCUGGGGAGGAUGAGUCAGAAGAUGGUGGGUCACCUGAGUUGAUGGAUGUUCUAGUGGACACAUUGCUGUCACUGUUGCCACAAUCAUCAGCUCCUCUGAGGUCAGCUGUUGAGCAGGUUUUUAAAUACUUUUGUAAUGAUGUUACUGAUGAUGGGCUACUCCGGAUGCUGCGAGUGAUAAAGAAAGAUCUAAAGCCAGCUAGGCGUAAGGAUGGCGAUAGUGAAGAUGGUAGUGAUGAUGAGGAUGAUGAUCUUUUAGACAUUGAAGAAGCAGAAGAAUCUGAUGAAGCUGAUAUCCUCGAUAGUGGUGAGAGUGGCGCCAUGAUUGAUGAUUCUGAGGCUGCAGCUAGAGCUGAGGCAUCAGAUGAUUCUGGUGAAGAUGAUGAUUCAGAUGAAGACAUGGAUGAUGAGGCCAUGUUCCGUAUGGAUUCCUACCUUGCAAAGAUGUUUCAGGAACGCAAGAACCAAGCUGGGGGCGACACUGCUCAUGCCCAGCUUGUCUUAUUUAAACUUCGUGUUCUGUCUUUGCUAGAAAUAUAUCUUCAUGAGAAUCCAGGUUCAUCUAGAGUCUUGACAGUUUAUUCAAACUUGGUGCAAGCAUUUGUGAACCCCAGUACAACUGAAGGUAGUGAGCAGCUUGCUCAACGUAUAUGGGGAAUAUUGCAAAAGAAGAUUUUCAAGGCAAAGGAGUUCCCAAAGUCGGAAGAUCUGCAAGUCACAACGUUAGAAACUCUUCUGGAAAAGAGUCUUCGGUUGGCCUCCCGACCAUUCAGGAAAAAGAAAUCCUUUGGAAGUGUACCACAAAAGAAGCUGUCAUUCUCCUGGAAUCGAUACAAGAUGACUAAUUCACUUGCUCAGCAAUCUACAUAUUGGCUCCUAAAGGUCAUUGAGGGAAGAAAAGUUCCCGAAUCGGAACUCAAUCGGGUUUACGAAAUUUUCGAGGGAGCCCUAGUCAAAUACCUUGAAACAAAGAAGUCUCAACUGAAACCUGAGUUCUUGAAAGAAGUAUUCAAGAGAAGGCCGUGGGUUGGGCGACAUUUAUUCGGGUUUCUUGUGGAAAAAUGUGGGGAUGCUAAGUCAGAUUACCGGAGAGUCGAAGCACUCGAAUUAGUAUCCGAAAUUUUAAAGUCACUCGUUGCAGAAAGUACACCGGAGUCCAUGAAAGCGAUCUUCAAGAGUCAUAUGUCUAAAUUUAGUCACUUGAUAAAGCAGCUGGCUAGAAAUAUGCCGGAAAAGCAGUCCAGAAGAGCUGAAGUAAGGAAGUUUUGCAGCAAGGUCUUCCAAAUCAUAUUAACUCACAAGAUGACUAAAUCAUUUCUUAAAACGUUCGACCCAGAUGAUCAUGCUGUUUGUGAGACUCAAUUGGGUGAGCCAUUUCUUGCUCUGAAGAAAAUUGAAAAAUGAGAUGCCAUCUUUCAGUUGACAAUGGUGAACUUCUGGGUUUUGCAUUAUUCGAAAACGUUCCGAAAAUGGUUGAAAUACAUUCUGGGAAGUUCAGGAGAUUAUCGGCGUUUUGGUGUGCAAUGCUGAGUGCUUGGAGUCCUGUACCGAUUUAUGAAAUACUAGUAUCAGUUUUGUUAUAGGAAUUUUGAGGGUUUAUAUAAUUCAGAGUUUUUUUUUGUAAUUUAAAUCAAUUUGUUUUGAUGUUUCCAGUUUUUAGGUGGUUCAUGUUAUAGGAAACUACUAUUGCGGUGUCUGAAAAUUGAAGUCUCCUUAAUGUUAACAAAUUUAUUUUGACUAAA